CGUCACUUCCUCUGCGCAGUAAACAUGGCGGCUGCCAGUCCGUCAACUUCGGCGGAUUCACAGCUUCCAAAUGUAGUCAUCAAGACUGAGCCCGACACCGACGAAGGUGCCUUAACCGGCCCGGAGCACGCACCGGUUAGACGGGAGCCCGUGGUCCCUCUUGCGGCUCCGGUGUGCGGGCUGCAGCCGCUCACCUGGUCUCAGGACCACCGCCUAGCCGCAUGCACCACCAGCUCCCUGUCGGUGAUGGAGCUGGUGUGUGAUGUCCACAGCAACACACAGGACCUGACGCUGCACAGGACCUCCAUCGGCAUUCCGACGGAAGAGCUCAAACUGCGGGUGGGACCAGCAAAGGAAGUAGCAGAAGCCAUGGAGAAGUUUUCUACACAUUCGGACCCCACAGUUAGGCAGGUUUUUCUGGCGGACAGAGUGAUGAAUCCAUCUGUGGGAACACACAAAGGGAUAAAAUAUGCCAGUUGGUCCCCAUUAGGUUGCGACGCUAGCGGCCGUUGUCUACUCGCCUGCUUAACGCUCGACCACAGACUCACAGUUCAUAACAGCCUAAAACGACUUGAGUGGAACCUACUAGUCAAUCUCACAAAAAAGUAUGGAGAGAGGCUAAAAGAGCGAGGCUACGCCAAGAAGGACAACAAGCCACCCCAGGCAAAUCUGAUGGACUUAAAGGAGCUGCAGCGGCGUUUUCGUAUGCAGACGCCUUUGAGGAUGGAGUGGUCAAGUGUGUAUACAAUUAAACAAGUUAUGCCAGACAACUCGUGUAUAGAUGUAGAGAUGGUUCUCCUCGCUGUCUUGAUGGAAAAUGGGGAUCUUGUUCUGUGGAAAUUUGUUUUACCUUUCACAAAUGGGGAAGACGUGGUGUUUUAUGAUAUUAUUGAAUCGGGCGUGAGUAGGCCCAGUGACUUGGCGUGGUGGGAGUAUGAAAAUGGAGAUCGCAGAAUGAGUGGGCUGAUUAUCGGCAGUGAGGUGGGGCCGGUCAAGAUCAUGCCGGUCAGCCUGUCUGGACUCAAAGGCUACUUCACCCUCCGACACCCAGUUAGCCUGUGGAAGGAAUGUGACGAGAUCGCAGUGGAGAACAUCAAAUGUGUCCCAAUGAUCCACCCGAUCACCAAAUCCAGCUGCAGCCUCAUCGUGGCCUCACGUGGAUGUUAUGUCUUCUGGUGUUUACUCAUGAUUUCAAAUGCUGGACUUAAUGUGCACAACUCUCACGUGGCGGGGAUGCACUCGCUUCCUGUGGUCUCCCUGGCUGUCAGUCACCACGGCGUCGCAGUGUACACGUGUUCCUCGGACGGUUGGAUAAAAAAGCUGACGCCAACGUUUACAGAAAACACUUUGAUUUUCAAACAAGAGGAAAUGCUGCGGCCUGAAAACCUGACAGGGAGGCGUAUGCACGGGAUUGCGGUGAGCCAUAACGGAGCCUACAUCGCACUCGCAAGCACACAAGGCCUAGUCGAUAGCUGUCACCCAGUUAACAGGACUUACCAGGUUCACUUUCUGACCCUGAAAGCACCAGAAAUGGCAGCCUCAAUACUGAUGAAGUCCCCCUCACAGAAUUUGUACAAAAUGGCUGACCUGCUUGACCUCCUGAGGUGGGAUAUUUUAAAAAACAAGUGCAUCCCUGCAUCACUGCAGCAAGAACUUGAUCAAAAGAUACAGGAAACAGACGCACCAUACUUGUGGCGUCUGAAGCUGUUUUUGGUGCGGAUGCUUUACCAGUCACUACAGGCACCUCGGAUAGAUCAGCGGUGGAAGCCCACGCACAAAGACAGUAAGGUGUUAAUAAGGGACGAAGAGGAAGAGGAAGAAGAGGAGGACGGAGACCGCGACGAAGACGGUGUACAAGACGGAGAAAGCAGUGUAAUGGGGGGACAAGCAAUAAAAAAGGAGAACUUGGAGGAGCAGAUUGUGGAGGUGCAGGCUUGGAUCAAUAAUGUGGAGACCCACCUAAUGAGGGAAAAUAUAAAGAAGGUUCUGGGGGUGGUGUACCUCAAUACCUUCAUUACUCAGAACACCAGCAUACCCACCUGUGGCCUUAUCGAUUACCUGGGCAGAGACUCCAGUGACAGAGCUGCAGAGGUCCUGAUCGGUCACAUCAAGAAGAAGAUCCACAAGCAGACGUUUUCGGAGCAUUGCAGCCUGUGUCAGUCCGUGCUGCCCUUCACUGAACCCAAACAGGCCACCUGUAACAACGGUCACAUGUGGCUCAGGUGUGUGUUGUCAUACCAGGCCUGCCAGACGCUGACGUUCAGACGUUGCCUCCUGCUGGAUAGCAUCGCCAGACUGCCAGAGCCUGAGGAUCCAGCGUGGAUAAAGAAGAUCCUUCAGGCUCCCUGUACACUCUGCGACUCGCCGAUGAUCUAGAGGUCAAAGUUCAGAGGAACCUCAGGGCUUCCCUGUGACCAUCAGGGCUUUUUUCCUCUGAUGCAGGGUCCAACAUUCAGACACUGUUCACUCCUACUGUUUUUUUAAUUUCUUAUUUCAUGUGUUUUGUUCAUGUUUUUAUUACUUAAUAUUGGUAUCUAAAAAGUGCAAAUAAAAAGCUUUCAUUAUA